AUGACCAACUUGCCCAGCACCUCUACUUUCCGGGGACCGUUCCACAAGUCGGCGAAGCAGCCCGACCCAUACUCGCGCGUGGGGGUCCCGCUCCAGCGGGUGCAGGGGAGAGGAGAAAGUCCCUCGCCCUCCGCCUGGACAUUCUCCUCGAACUCGUCUGCGCAACCGAAGCGCCCGCAGUCGCCUCCCGCGCGGAAAAACAGCCGGGAGCAAGACGACGAGCGGCCGUCAAAGGCUAUGGACCUGGCGAUGCGUGGCGUGUCCACGAUGCUGCUCAUUCCCAUGCCGUUCCUCGAGAGCGUGCGCAACCGGGCCCGGGGCAAGGGCAAGCGCCGCGCAAACGUGGAUACCGGGGCCGAGGAGCAUGAGAGCGAUGACGAAGAGGAGGAAGAGGUCGAUGUCAUCGUGGGCAGCGACAACGGGUACCUCGCCUAUGCUGAUGAGCCUAACACCUUGAAAUGCCUCGCCGGACUGCGCAGCCCCUCGCCGCUGCCAGGUCCGCCCAACACAGUCGUUAAAAAGACGCACCGGAAGCACAAUUCGCUUGUGCUACCUGAUGUUGACGUCCCGCGCUAUUCAAGGUCGCCAUCGCCGCUGCCCGCUAGUAUCACCCGCCCGCAGUCAGCUCUGGCCGCCACGGUCGAUACUCCACCGCCAUCUGCGUCACGCGCUGUACAGUUCACGAUCGACGCCCCGCCCAGGGUUAAGCGUCGGACAGACCUCUUCGAGGCGCCGGUCGGGCGGGGCGAGGAUGAAGAGCCUGCCUGGAGCGACUUCAUGGUGAGCCACAGUCGCAGCAGGUUAUCUUCCUCCCAUCCGGUCUAG